AUGGGGGAAGAACUGUACAUCGCAGCAUCAGCAGACGAUGUGAAUUCCAUCUACAAGGACACCAAAAACCUGGACUUCGACGCCGUCAUUGCGGACCUUUUGUCUGGCGGUGGGAGUUGGGUGGAUCGCCAACACGACGUGUAUGGUGAGCAGAUGCAUCCUGGGGGCCGCGGUCAUGCUUUGGACGAGGCCAUCGUGGAGCAAAUUGACCGAGCGGUGCAGUGGGACCACAUUGUCGCGCCGAUAGCCUUGGAUUCUCCCGGUGAAGCGUCGAAGAAAGUGAGCCUGUGGAAGUGGUGCGCUCAUGUGCUCGUCGAAACCUCGAUGCAGGCAUUUUUCGGCCCCUCGUUUCUUCGGCUCUCCUCUAAAUUUGUUGCCGAUCAUUUGAGUUUCGACGAGGAUUACUGGCGUCUCAAGGCCAAGUCCCCAAAAGCAGCUGCUACAACGAAAGAGAACUGCGUAUCUGCCCUGCGCCGAUGGUUAGAGCGUCCAGAGGUGGAAAGAAGAGAUGCUUGCUGGAUGGUUGCCAAAGUUGAGCGGGACUUUAUGAAUAUGGGCAUCUGUGAUAAUGCACAGUUAGCUGCUCUGCUAUUCAUCAAUAUUGAAGUCUGCUUCUGGCUAUUGGCUCAAAUUCUUCACGACCAGAGCCUCCUCAAGAGAAUCAGAACCGACAUCGACCAGGCAUUCUUGAACCAAGGUGACGCCUACAGGAGCCCAAACAUUGCACAUCUACUUGAGGACUUCCCACUGCUCAAUUCGACUUACGACGAGAUCCUGCGGUACACAAACAACGCGAUGGGCGUGCGCUUGGUGGUAAACCAGACCGGCAUUGGGAGGAAGACGCUUCGCCCGGGGCGCAAGCUUCUCAUGCCCUACCGCCAGAUGCAUCUAAGCCGCGACGUCUGGGGGCCAGGGGCGGCAGACUUCGAUGCUGGCCGGUUUAUGCGAGACAAGAGCCUGUCACGGGGCCCGAGCUUUCGGCCGUUUGGCGGUGGCAGCGGAUACUGCCCAGGCCGGUUUCUGGCACGUCGAGAGGUCUUCAUGUUUUGUUGCCACUGUUCUCGGGCGUUUCGAGCCGGGUCUGCUUCCUUGCAGCAAUGGCAGCAAGCCGGAAUUUCCGGACUUGGAUGA